AAUUAGUUCUAGUGAGUCUGUGAAAGUGUGAGCGACUGCGACUAUCGGACGACGAUUUCUGUGCACGCGCGAUCAAUUGGCGAACCGCAGGCGGAUCAACUGGUCACUCAUUUCCGAGAACUGCCGCAAGAAAUAAGAAGCACUCCCACACACAAGCAGCAGUAAAAAGAAGAAAAGCUGACAAAUAAAAAUACAUAGCUGGCAGAUCAAAAGAAAACGGUCCGCAGAACCGAAUAAGUAGUUUGGAAUUAUCCAUCCAGCAAUCCAUAUCCAUCCAUCGGUCGGGGCUCUACCAGCCACACAUCCAAGCAAACCACGUGCAAUAUGUCGCAUCAGUGCAGCUGCGGUCGCGAUCUCAACAACAACUACGUCUCCUACACGAGCGCCUACGCCAAUGCGAACACGGGUCUGGACCGCGAGACGGCGGCCAGCGGCGGCGGCAAGUCCAGCGCCUCGCACCACACACAGCUGACGGCCAAGGUGAUGUUCGGCACCGUGGGCGCCAUCAAGGAGUUACGCGACAAGGAGCAGCAGCAGACACGGCACGCGGCAACGACGCGCGCCGGCGAGAGACGCAACUGAAAGUGAAUUUGGGAUGGGAUCAAAUGGGAUGGAAUGGGAUCGGAUCGGGUCGGUUUGGAUGGUAGGAGUAUAAUGGAUGCUGGACGCAGG